CCGCUCGCAGCCGUCACCCCGCGCAACGCCGGCGACGCGGAGCACGAGAGCGGGACGGGCGGCGGCGGCGGCAAUGGGGGAACGCGGUGCCCGGCGGGCGGCAGAGCCGGAGCGCUUGGCGCUGGAGCUGGGGCGGGAGAGGCAGAAGCAGCAGAUGCUUGAAAGCUCAAUAUUUGAACUGAGAAACACUGUAACAGAACUGGAAAAAAGUCUUAACAGUGUUGAAAAUGAAGAUAAUGAAUGGAAAACCAGAUAUGAGACACAAGUAGAAUUGAACAAACAGCUGGAAAGGCAAAUCAAUAUUCUUCGAGAUAAGGUGGAGCUUAUUCAUGGAAAUCCAGCAGAUAAACUGUCCCUUGUUCGCACCUUUGAUAAAAUGCCUAUGGGUUCCUUAAAGGAGGUUCUUAAACAACUAGAAGAAGAGAAGAAAAGUCUCCAGAGCCAGCUAAAGGACUAUGAACUUAGACUGGAACAAGAAGCAAAGGCUUACCACAAAGUUAAUGAUGAGCGGCGCUUGUACCUCUCAGAGAUCUUACAGACCUCAGCUAAACCUAAAAUUGUUGAAAGGAAAAAAACAGAUGCUCUGACUGGCAAGGGAGAAAAACAGAUACUGAGAGGAAGACACAGUGUUCCAGGAAACCUGAAGAUGGUUAAUCCUCAAAAACGAUCAAUUAAAAAGACUGUAGGAGUGAACCAGCUUCCACAGCUAAAGCACUGAUUUAAUAUUAAUGCCAAGAACUUCCAGUCACUUUUUUAAAAAAUUAAUUUGACUGAAAGUUUAUAAAUUGAAGAUGGAAGUAUUUGUGUCUUACUGCAAUGCCAGAUCCAGAUUGGAAUGUCUUCUUGGAUGCCUUAGUGUAAGUGUUCCUCUGCCUAAUGGAAUUGCUCUUCUAGUUGCCAUCUUUGUACUGGUGAUCUCUGACCUUUUCCAUUCUGCUUCACAUCAGUGAUUCGGAGUGUGAGGGUGUUGGAAAAUUUGGAGAAUAUUUAAUGUCUUAUACACUUGUAGAUCUUUGAACUAUGUAGCCAUGAAAAACAAACAAGCCUCUAGCAUUUUUGACCGCUCAAUCCAAGAAGAAGAAGGCAGACUGAUGUACCCUGAAGUAUUGUCUAAAUAUAAUGUUUUUUUAAAAAGCUGGCUUGCCACAGAUCCCAUGUUGAUUGCCACUUUCUGUCUGCAUGGUUUAGAAGCACAUCACCAUUUCCAGCUGCUUUAGGCACUAGUAAUGGAUAGAAAUGACACAAAAAUUGAGCACUUUUUAUUAAGGAAUCUUCAGAGCCUAUCUUGUAGAAUGUUGUUUCUUUUAAAACUAUGUAUGUUCUAUAAAGAAACACAUAUCCUGAUAUUGGUAUGUUGCUCUUUGAAAUUUGAAAUCUCAGAUGAACCCUUGUAUCCACCGUCUUGGGGUCAUAAAAAUCUCUGUCUUCUUCAGUGGCAUUGAUCUUUGUACUUUUAGGGUCCAAAACAGUGCCAGUCCUAAAAGUCAUCUCUUCAGUGAAAGUAAAACUACUUUGUCUCUUCACUCUUAAGCAUGCAAUUAUUGUUGCAAUUUUAUUACCUACAUUUUAGUCAUUAAAUUCAGCAAAAUUUUUUCAAGUGGCAACAGGAAAAAUGUUUUGGUAAUGAAGCUUUAAUCCUCUGGGUUACAUCUUAAAAGCUCUUGGCAGAGAAAAUGUGGUUGCUUGACUGCCCUUUAUUAUUUUAAGAGCAUUCCUAACUCUUUGCAAUAAAGUUUUUUCCCUCUUUAA